AUGAAUUGUACAGAUCUUGAGAUUGAUAAAAAGUCUAAUGCUCAUUUAAAAAUGUAAGUUGAUAUAAGAGACAACAAAUCAAAAAUAUAAAAUUUUGAAUCACCUCGAGCUUCUUUCAGCAAGAAAGAAAAAAGAAAUCGAAAGUUUUUCCUUAAACGCUCAGUUUUUUUUGUUUCAAUUUGUAAAUAAACUGGAAACGUAGAAUCGAAUUUAGGCUCUGACUUUUUGCAUAUUGAAAUAAUGCAAGGAGGACACCUACCAUUGAAUCAAUAUAGUAUAAAAGAUAUAAGAUCAGAAACUUAUGUGAAUGAUGAUGAUUAUAAAGAAUAAAAUGUUGAGAACAGUUUAAAAUUAGCUUCUACUCAUCUAAGAAAGAAAAUGACAGAGAUACGUAAUACCAAAUACCAUUGUGACCCUGUUUAAAGCUAGCUUAACGAUUUUCAAAGAUUAAAUGAAAAUUUUAAAGGUAAUUUUACUAACAUUUUUGAUUCGUCAUGCCGAAAUUAAAGAGUUAGAAUAGAUAAGAUCUCGGCUAUUGAAGAAGCAAAAAAAAUAUUAUAAGGCUAACAUCAGCACAUUAAGAAAAUUUUAGAUAAAUAAUGA